AUGUCUGUCGAAGCCCCCAAGACCAAUGAGGAGACACCUUUUGUCGAGGCCCCCAAGGCUCUGCCUGCACAGCCAGAGGCCACAUCUGCUCCCACAGAUACAACUCUUCCCGCCCCCGCCGAGCCCGUUGAGACUGUCGAGACUACACCCGCUGUAACAGAAGAGCCAGUGGUCGCUGCUGCCGCUCACACGGAGGAGCCUAAGAAGGAUGAGGCGGCUGUGGAUAUUGUCCCUGCAUCAGAAGGCGUCCUAGGAUACAAGGAACCCACUUUCUUCAAGAAAUUCAUCUUCACAAAACACUACUUCUGGCUCCAAGAAGAGCCGUCCACGGCCGAGUCUUUGACCAACUUCUUGCGCUCCGAAAAGGCUGAUACAAAGCACUCCGACGCCGCAUGGGCACGUGAGACCGGAAACGGUCUGCUCUUCUACUCCAAGCGUGCCGAAGACAAAGCUACCCCUGCUGGUAUCAUCAAUCUGACCGACGCUUCUGCGGUCACCAAGGAAGGGUUCAACCAGUUCUCAUUCAAGGCUGGCGCUCACCAACACCGCUUCGAGGCGACCACCUCCAAGGAACGUGACAGCUGGGUUCUCGCUGUUGAGAAGAUCAUCGAAGAUACCAAAGGAUUGAAGGAAGAGAUUAGCGGCCGCGACAGCUACAAGAAGAAUCUCGAGGAAUACUCCAAACCUGCAUUGGGCUCGGCUACAGCUGCCGUCAAAACUCCCCGCUCCAAAUCCAAGGAACCCAAAAAGUCUGUUGACGCCGCGACCGCUGCAGAGGCGGCUGCGACUACCAGUGACACCGAGGAAGUUGCCAAGCCUAAUACCACUGAGCGAUCUGAGUCCCGCAAGCGUGGUAGCAUCUUCGGCAGCCUUCUUGGCGGCAAGAAGGAUGGUGCUGCUGCUGAGAAGAAGGAAGAGAAGGCCGAGGCCAAGAAGGAGAUAAAGGAGGAGAAGAAGGCUGAAGCUGCCGAGAAGAAAGAAGAGGCCAAGGAAACCAAAGAGACCGGCAAAGCUGUGGAAGCUGCAGAGGCUGCCGCCGUCGCUGCUGUCCCAGCUGCAGCCACCUCCGACAAGAAGGAAGAGAAGGAAGACGCCAGCCCUGUUGAGAAGAAGGGCAAGCGUGGCUCUGUCUUCGGCUCCCUGUUCAAGAACCGUGUGACCAGCCCAACUGCCGAGAAAUCCGAGAAGGAAGCUGUGGCCACCAGCGACGUUCCGCCUGUCUCGGAGACCGCUCCCAAACUUGAAGAGCCCAUCGAGAACAAGCCAAUUGACACUGCUGCCGUGACCGCCCCGGUCGACACAGCCGCUACACCCCUUGCCGCCGAGGAGGCUACAAAGGAGCCUACAGCGGCCGAGACAACCGCCGCCCCCAAGACUGACAAGAAGGGUGGUCUGCUGGGCUUCAUCAAGAAGACCGACACUAAGCCUGCCGGCAAGAAGGAUGUCAAAGAAGAGACCAAGGAAGAAAAGGCAGGCGAGGCUAUUGCUCAAGAUCCCGUUGCCGCCGCCAGCGCCGAGCCUGCCGAACCAGUCAGUGCUCACCACGCUGUCACCACCGAACCCUCGACCGAGACUUCCGCUCCUGCCACUGAAGAACGUCCUGUUCGUGACAACAAGCGUCGCACUUCUCUCUUCUUCAACAAGAAGCAACAGCCCGAGGCCGCAGAGGCUGGUGAUACUGUCGCGGAGCCCAAGCGUGAAAAGUCUCCUCUUCCAGGAGGCAAGUUCAUCGGUCAACUCGUCCGUCGCGCUAGCAAGGCGAUCAAGUCUGAUGGCGCCUCGAAGGAGAAGACUCCGGCCGAGACAGCUGCCCCAGCUACCGCAUCCUCAACCGAAGCCCCCACCACCACAUCUGAGACCCCGGCUGCUGUUCCGGACACUACCGAGCCCACCCCAGCUGCUGAACCACUCGCUGCCGAGCCUUUCCAUUCGACCCCAGAACCUGUCGCCACAACCGUCCCUGAGGUCAAGGCGACAGCUUGA